AAGCUACAAAGUGCGCUUCAACAGCGUCUCCUCUUAUUCGGAUGCCCGGAAGUCUUCUACCGAUGGACCUGAAGCCAGGGACAACUUUGAGAGCGCUGGUCCUCUAGCCAACGUCAGGUUCUCCGUCUUUGGGCUGGGCUCACGGGCUUACCCUCACUUCUGCGCCUUUGCCCGUGCUGUGGACACCCUCCUGCAAGAGCUGGGUGGGGAACGGAUCAUGAGGAUGGGCGAGGGGGAUGAGCUGUGUGGUCAGGAGGAAUCCUUCAGAACAUGGGCCAAGAAAGUCUUCAAGGCAGCGUGUGACGUGUUCUGUGUGGGAGACGACGUCAACAUCGAAAAAGCCAACAACUCCCUCAUCAGCAACGACCGCAGCUGGAAGAGAAGCAAGUUCCGGCUAACCUACGUGGCCGAGGCCCCAGAGCUGACCCAAG